GAUAACAGGUGUUUUUAUAUAAAAUAGUAAGCACAAUUUUUACACAAAUACAUAGCAGACAUUCGUAUAGUUUAGUUCUUUAUAAAAAAAAACAAAAUGCGUGCUGUUUUCGGAACUUUCUGUCUAGCAUUUAUUGUUCUGAUCCACAGCAGCGAAGCCAUGAUCCCUGCCUACUCCAUCACCGCCAUCCGUCUAGCCUUCGACGAAAUCUCCACCAUCUUACCUGUGGCCAACCAGCUCGCCUGCCUCCUCAUCCCCUUCCUCGUCAAUCUCAUCAACAAUCUCAACAAUCUCUCUAACAUCGUGCAAAACCUCACACCAGCUUUACUGCCCUACUUUGGGUGCACGUUACCUCUCCUUUACGCUACUCUGACCGAUCUAGCGUCAGUAUUAUUCCUGUAUAUUAGCGUGUUGAUCUCCCUGUUUAGGUCCAAUGUGCUGGCUGCCCCAGGGUUGUUGCUAGGUUUAGUGUCGCAGAUUCUGAACCUGGUAAUAGUUCUGUUAGGAGGGUUGACUGAUGGAUCAGGUCUGCUGAGUGGGCUUCUGAAGCUGUUGACUAACAUCGUGAAGGAGCUGGACAAGUUGUUGGUUUAAGUGUUUGUGGGUUGUUUUGGGUAGUGGUGGAUCGUUAAUAAAG